UAGCUGCACUUGAUGUGAAAAAAGCUCACAGAUGCUGGUCUCUGCACCCGUGGAAUCUGUAGCUUACUCUCCGAGGAAAGAUCUUUUGCAAAUUAAAGGGAUUAGUGAAGCCAAAGUCGACAAGAUAAUUGAAGCGGCUUCCAAGUUGGUUCCACUAGGAUUUACUAGUGCUAGCCAACUUCAUGCGCUGAGGCUUGAGAUCAUCCAGAUUACAACUGGAUCAAGAGAGCUUGAUCAAAUUUUGGAUGGAGGAAUAGAAACUGGGUCUAUCACAGAGAUCUAUGGUGAAUUUCGCUCUGGGAAGACUCAGCUGUCCCACACUCUCUGUGUCACAUGUCAGCUCCCACUGGAUCAAGGUGGUGGUGAAGGAAAAGCUUUGUAUAUUGAUGCAGAGGGCAAGUUCAGGCCACAAAGACUUCUCCAGAUAGCAGACAGGUUUGGCUUGAAUGGUGCUGAUGUACUGGAGAAUGUGGCUUAUGCCAGAGCAUAUAACACUGAUCAUCAAUCAAGACUUUUGCUGGAGGCAGCUUCCAUGAUGGUGGAGACCAGGUUUGCUCUUAUGGUUGUGGAUAGUGCCACAGCCCUAUACAGAACUGAUUUCUCUGGUAGAGGAGAGCUAUCAGCAAGACAGAUGCACCUGGCUAAGUUUCUUAGGAGCCUUCAGAAGUUAGCAGAUGAGUUUGGAGUGGCAGUGGUAAUCACUAACCAAGUAGUGGCUCAAGUGGAUGGUGCUGCAAUGUUUGCUGGGCCACAAAUCAAACCCAUUGGAGGGAACAUCAUGGCUCAUGCUUCCACGACUAGGCUCUUUCUUCGCAAGGGGAGAGGGGAGGAGCGGAUCUGUAAAGUAGUAAGCUCUCCCUGUCUAGCUGAAGCUGAAGCAAGGUUUCAGAUAUCAUCCGAGGGUGUCACUGAUGUCAAGGACUGAAAAACUCUCCGCAUGUGCAGCCUACAGCACGCCUUGCCUGCUCUUAUGAAUCGCUGGUUCGCUGUUUGCAUUCUCACUGCCAGAGAUGCUUGGAUUAGUGCAGGUCCCUUGUACAACCACAAUGGCAGUCUAGGCUGCCCCAAUGGAAAUGUGCAUAUGUUGUAUCUUGGACAGGCAUUGUUAUCUUAAUGUAAAGUGCCGCGUGGCCAAAUGAUAGAUGUACAGCCAAUCAAUGACGAUUUGGCAACUCAGCAUGCUGCAUCAAGCCCUGUUCUUCAUUCUGAAUGUACUUUAUUUGCCAUGAUGCCGUUUAAUAGAUUUUGUUUUCUUGUAGUGAUAAACAGUUUAUGCUACCAACAUUUGACUCCCUCUGUUCUUAUGUAAAUUAUGUUUCCAGUACGCAUACAAGUAUAUUGAACAGUGAAAUGGAUGCAUAUAUUCCUCUAUAAAGAUAUAUUCU